AUGAAAAAUUUAAGUAUUCCCGAAGUUAAAAUUAAAAUUAAAAACUUGAGAACAACUUAUUUACAACAAGUGCAAAAAAUACUCCAGAAGUCAAGUCCUGAUAGCAUUUAUGAACCCUCUUUAAUUUGGUUUCAUGAAAUGGAUCGAUGUAUGAAACAUGUUCCCACAAACCGAAAUUCUCUAUAUAAUAAUACCCAAGAAACAUCUGAAGUUGAUUCAUCAUGCCAAAUUUGGGUAGAUCAAGAGCUUGAAAAUAGGAACAUUGAAGAAACAUAUCCUGAUCCUCUAAAUGCCCAAACUGAUACUGAAUAUGACUCCUCAAAACCUGAUGAUUCCAUCUCAUAUAUAAAAGUUGAAAAAGACCGCACACCACCUACCUAUAAAAAAUUAAAAAAGAAGAAAAUAAAGCACCGGGUUUCUGAACAAGAUUACUCCACAGAUUCAACUACAGAAUCGGUUGCUAUGGAGGAUGAAUUUGAUAUUUAUGGGAAAUAUAUUGCUGCACAACUGAGGAAAAUGAAUUUACAUAAAGCUUUGAGACUUCAGUUGGAGAUUCAAAGCUUAGUGAGUGAAGCAAGGAUUUCAGAUAUAACCAGUGACUAA